AUGCGGGCUUCUUUAGCUCGUUCGAGCAGAGUGACAGCCUCUCCUGGACGUUUGACGACUGUCAGACAGCAGACGACGAGCUUGCGACUCAGCUGCAAUGUGCCUGCACCGCUCAGUCGUGCCUUGCAUGGCUCGGCCAACCUAUAUCGAUCCUCUGGCUACUCGGAUCCGCUCAGACUGAGGCGCAGCUUCCAUGUGUCUGCAAUCUUGCGAGAGGACAAGGUCGUCCAAGUACCACAAAUGGCAGAGAGUAUCUCUGAGGGCACUUUGAAGCAAUGGCUCAAGAAGAAGGGCGACUAUGUCGAAGCGGACGAAGAAGUGGCUACCAUUGAGACAGACAAGGCGAGCCGCUCCUCGAAGAUCGACGUCAGCGUCAAUGCGCCAGAGGCAGGUACAAUCACGGAGACUUACGCGGAAGAAGAAGACACUGUCGAAGUUGGCAAGGAUCUCUUCAAGAUGGAGCUAGGCGGUGAGCCAAGCAGCACAGGCGGCGACAAAGCAUCGAGCGAGUCGUCUGAAAAGAGUGAAGAAAAGCCAAAGGAGAGCGAGGACAAAAAGGAGAGCGGUCAGGAGGUCAGAGAGCGCGACAGUGGCGAAGACAAGCCGAGCGCGGAAGCAGAGAAGCCGGAGAGUAGUGACAGCAAGGAACAAGGCUCGGACACUCAUUCUGGCCGGAAACAAGAAGACGUGUCCUCUAAAUAUGAAAACAAAGAGAGCUCGAAACCUGCGCCGGAGCCCAAAAAGUCUGAAGAGCCUCGACAGCCUCAGGCGGCAGCCAAGAAGGACAAGCCAGCACCGCCUCCCGAAAAGCCAAGCGAGCCUAAGAAGACCCAAUCAGGCUCGGGCAACAGAACAGAACAGCGCGUCAAAAUGAAUAGGAUGCGCCAACGUAUCGCCGAGCGUCUAAAACAAUCCCAGAACUCGGCAGCCUCGCUGACGACGUUCAACGAGAUUGACAUGUCCUCGCUCAUGGAGUUCCGCAAGCUUUACAAAGACCAAGUCCUGAAGGAUCACGGCGUCAAGCUUGGCUUCAUGUCUGCUUUCGCUAAGGCAUGCUGCCUGGCGCUCAAAGAGAUACCCGCUGCAAACGCAUCGAUAGAAGGUCCAGGCGCAGGAGAACAGAUUGUCUAUCGAGAUUAUGUCGACCUGAGCGUCGCUGUUUCGACGCCCAAGGGUCUCGUCACGCCUGUCGUCAGAAAUGCCGAAGAGCUCAACUUUAUCGGCAUCGAGUCUGCUAUUGCCGAGCUGGGCAAAAAGGCGAGAGACAAUAAGCUCACAAUCGAAGAUAUGGCGGGCGGAACGUUCACAAUCUCCAAUGGCGGUGUCUUUGGCUCGCUCUAUGGCACGCCCAUCAUCAAUCUACCUCAAGCUGCCGUGCUAGGCAUGCACGCCAUCAAGGAAAAGCCUGUCGUCGUCAACGGACAGAUUGUGGUCAGACCAAUCAUGGUUGUCGCGCUCACCUACGAUCAUCGCUUGCUGGAUGGACGAGAAGCAGUGACCUUCCUCGUCCGCGUCAAGCAGUUCAUCGAGGAUCCGCGUCUCAUGCUGUGA